GUGCCGUGAACGAAGAGUUCUGCUUCAUCCAGCGCUCCAGAGUGUUCGUGCGAUCAUGGAUCCGUCCGACUUUGGCAACUCGUCGUGCUCAGCCCCUCAGGGUGCGUCUCUGGUUCACUCAUUUGACCGAAAGGUUCGUCCCUACAUCGACCUGAUCGACCAGCUGCGCUAUCUGGGCGUGGACCAGGACGUGGGCCUCCCCGCUGUGGCCGUCAUCGGGGACCAAAGCUCGGGCAAGAGCUCUGUGCUGGAGGCUCUGUCUGGGGUGCAGCUUCCACGUGGCAGUGGCAUCGUGACGCGCUGCCCGCUCGCCCUGAAGCUGAAGCGCGCACCGGGCCCCUGGGUUGGACGCAUCAAGUACCGCGUGCAGGGCCGCAUCGUCAACACGAAGCUCGACUCUCCAGAAAGUGUGGGCGACGCCGUCCUGCAGGCCCAGUCAGAGUUGACAGGGGAUGAUCUGGGCGUGAGCAAGACCCUCAUCGAGCUCGAGGUGACCUCUAAUAGUGUUCCCGAUCUCACCCUCAUCGACCUGCCCGGAAUCGCCCGCGUAGCCCUUGCUGGCCAAGCCGUCGACAUUGAGACUCAGAUAAAGGACCUGAUUCGUGAUCACAUCGGCCGGCAGGAGACCAUCAAUCUGGUGGUGAUCCCCUGCAAUGUGGACAUUGCUACAACUGAGGCGCUUAAGAUGGCUCAGGCUGUGGACCCCACUGGCGAACGUACCCUUGGGGUCCUCACCAAGCCGGACCUGAUGGAUGAGGGAACCGAGCGCAACGCUCUGCGUAUCCUGCAGAACCAGGUGUUCCCGCUGCGCAAGGGCUACGUGCUGGUCAAGUGCCGGAGCCAGCGCGACGUGGAGGCAGAGCAGACGCUGGCCGAGGCGUCGCGUGUAGAAGCUGCCUUCUUCAAAAAGCACCCCGUCUUCUGCCACGUGCACAACGGUGGGAAGAUGACCACCACCACCGUUUUGGCUGCCAAGCUCACCGAGGAACUUGUGGACAACAUCAAGCGCACGCUGCCAAAACUGCGGAAGGAGCUGGCGGAAAAGCUGCGUGAAGCGCGCGCCGAGCUGGAGAAACAGGGCGAGUCCGUCCCGGACGACGCUCGAGCGAAGCAGCUGUUCAUCAACGCGCGCGUGAUGAGAUACAAUGAGGACGUGCGAGGACUCGCGCGGGGAGAGCCCAGCCGUAAUCUUCCACGCAACAUGAUGCUGUACACGCUCGCUCGAGAGCACUUCCGCAUGUGGCUCAAGGAUCUAAAGAGAGCCGAGGAAGCGUGGCUGGAAGAGCUGGAUGUUUUGAUUCGGGAGUACAUGGACAAUCGCUGGGGGCGAGAGCUGCCGGGGUUCGUGAGCUACCACGCCUUUGAGAACCUCGCUCGAGUUCAUCUGCAACGCUUGGAGCAACCGGCCCUCGACAUGCUCGCUGUCACCUGUGGGAGCGUGCAGGAUGUGUGCAUGCGACUCGCCGAUGACGUGUUCCAAUUCCUUCCCGAGUUUAACCGUCUCGUCAAGGCAAAGGUGGGAGCACAGGUGCAAGGCCAGGAGCAGAGAGCAAGUGUCCUGAUUGUCACCCUCUUCCGCAUGGAGAGCAUGGUCUACACGCAGGAUAUGCUCUAUCAGAAUAACCUAAGAGAAGAGCACAAGCAUGAUCUUGAAGUCAAUGGAGAUACUCAAAUUUCCUCCAAUUCCCACAAGUAUCCCAACACGUAUAAGGGCAAAAGUCUACUUGAUGUGGGCGGCCUGGACGAGGAUCUGCAUGUGAUGAACAAACAUCUGCGCUCAUAUUUCAAGAUCGCGCUGACGCGGCUCAUGGACAUGGUGCCCAUGGCGGUGCGCUUCAACAUGCUGGACGAGCUGGUGGUGGCGCUGGGCGUGGAGCUCACGGCGCUCGCGCAGGAGGGCAACCUCGCCGAGCUGCUGUGCGAGGAUGAGGACACAAUGGAGAAGCGGCGCAUGGUGAUGGAGCGCGUGGAGCGCUUGCGCAAGGCGUGCUCCACCAUCGAGAACGCGCUGUGAGGCGCGCGGUGGCUCGCACGCUCACCGGUGGACAGUCGACUUCCCCCAUCGCUGUUCCAUCUGUUGCUGCGCUGGCCAAAUGAUCAAACGCAUUGGAACAUCGACAGGCCGAUGCGCACAUCCCCUUCAUAGAUGGAAAAUUAAAGACAUGCCUCAGUCGUGUGAUAGUGGUCAUAGAGUAAGCCACUGUUGCCUGUGCUCCUUCCAUAUGCAAAAAUAGAAUAGACUCAAUUAUUACAGAGUUUCAUAAUCCUGAUUAUUAAGUUUGAAUAGCGUCAGAUUCCUGAUUAUUAUAGACAUGUAUGCAGUAAAAGUAUUGACCAAUAGUUCAUUGGAACGUGUUUACUCGUAAGCGUUUUAAUGUUUAAAUCAAGGUUUUUAUUUCAAUAAACAGCAUAUACACGGAUACAUCUUCUCGCGUGUUACACCACUGACAUGGAAAGGAUUUUCAUUUCAUAAAAUGCUACAGUAUACAAUUCCCAACAUUUUAGCAUAAACAUGAUUGUUUAUCCUAAUAUGUAAAUUCCAUAAAUGCAACCUACAUAGAUUUCUCAGAAAGAUGUAGAUUUAUAUGAACACACUUAAUUUGCAUAUUUGUCAAAGCACGUUAUAUUAGUGUGUAAAAGAGUGUACACUGUUGAGAGUGGAGCUGUGCAUAACAUCGUU